UUUUGGUCUGGAGUUGAAUUAAUAAAAUGUACAGUAUUUGGUUUUAAAUCUUUUAUAACUUUUUAAGGUGAAGCCGUUUAAAUGACUGGCUGAGGAACAGCAGURGGUCUGGUUCUGGCCACCAGGUGGCGGUGUGUCCUCGGUGUUUACGGCUGAAUGGGUCAGAAAUGCUCUCGGCUCCAGUUUUAUGGCAGCUGCUCCAGUUUCGCUGCUGGUUUCGGGUCAGGCUUCAAACUCAGGCCGCCUAAUGAGGCUGAAAGCCGGCGGUUCGGAGGAGAACCGUCCGGUAGACGGUGACACACAUCCCCAGGUCGUCCUCCUCUAAGCCUCUUACUGUAAUCACGCUCCUGCUGAGGCGGCAGGACCCGCUUCCUCCGCCUCACCGCCUCGCAGCUCCUCAGAACCGGUCCGGGCUCGGCCCAGGAGUCUAGGAUGCCGUGUGGAGACGCGGUGGCCGUGUGGGACGUGGCUCUGAGCGACGGCGUCUACCGGGUCGAGUUCGCUCACGGCACCACCACGGGGAAACGGGUCGUCUACGUCAACGGGACGGUGAGGUCUGAGAGCUGGACUGGUCCUCUGGCGUGGCAGGUUAAGAGGAGCAGUGUGGCGUUCGUCCAGGUGUGGGACAGCGGACACUUCGGCUGGCUGGGAGAGUUUGUGGACGACGGCACAGAGACCCACUUCACGGUGGGAGAACAGGCCUGCUGCAUCAAGGCCACAAGUGGAGGCAAGAAGAAGAACGGCAUUGACCACAGCCUGCUGCUGGACGGACUCAAGGUUCCUGCUUCCUCCCACUAGCGCCGGACCAGUGGAGCUGGACCAGAGGUUCAGACAGAACCAGCAGGGGGUGCUGUGGGAUGGCCUCACAGAUGUGGGACUUCUUGUUUUUCUUUUCUGACUCUUAAAUAAAGCUGUAUCUCCUCUGAUGGGAUUUUAUUUUGAAAGGUCGUUAAUGGCUGGUUGUUAUGGCGGAGGUCAUCUUUGCGCAGUCUCCAUCUGUCUGAAUGCAGCUGUUCAGCAGAACGGCGGGAAAACCGGAACACGACUGGUCGGACCUUCAAAAUAAAAGCUCAAUACAGAUUUAGUAUUCUAAUUUCUGAAUGUUAGUAAAAACAGAUGUUGCUUUACUCUUYAUCUGUUAGGUGAAAAUAAUAACUMAUCAAUAAAGUAACUAACAUAUUAA